GGUAGACUAAAAUCAGGGGGAAAUAUUUGUCGGAAUUUAGUGUUGAUUGUCGAUUUUCUAUGAAAUUACCGAUAUAUCGUCGUCAAAUCAUGCACAAGGUUUAAUUAGAAACCUCCAGACAUUACCUUUCUACAAUAGCUACAAUUUCUGAGAUGGCUGAGUAUACAAGUAUAUUCGGUGGAGGGGAGCUUAGUCAGCCGAUUGGAGCACCAAUCUUGUCCCCUAAAAGAUCGUCAAAGAAGAAAAGACGUAAACUCUUUGUUGAAACUGGUAUGUUUGGUGAUGGGGAGCUCAGCCAACCAAUGGAAACAGUUGUCUUCUCAUCUAAUAGCCAGGCAAAGAUGCAACAUAAAUCAUCUGAAGAUAUGGUUUCAGCAUCACAUAAUAGUUGUCAAAACGAUUCAGAAAAUCUACAUCCAAGCUCUGGCCAUCAAGAACACGAAGAAAAGACAAUGUUCAAAUUGGGCAAAAGAAAGCAUACACAUUCCGAAUCAUCAGGAACAGGAAAAUCUGAAACUUCGCAGUCGAAAAAGAUUGAAGAAAUACACCAUGAAGGAACAGUUGAUAAUCAAAGUACAUCAACUAAAAAACAUAAAAAGAAGAAAAGGAGCCACAAACGUAAAGAUAAAGGUGAAGAGGAAAACAUGUCUGUUGAAAAAAUCAAAACAGGAGAUAAUAUGUUUAAAGACAUAUCAAUAUCAAACAAGGAUGAUGAACCAUCUACAACAGGUAAAGUUAAAAAGAAGAAACAUAAGAAGAAGAAACAAAUGAGUGUGGAAAGUCAACUGGAGAUAAAAAAUGACACUCCUGAGUCUGACUUAUCCAUUGAAGCGUCCGAUGAGUCACAAAGCAUUAUACAUGCAACACCUAAAUAUUUUUCUUGCGUUUCGGUCAUGAAUCAGUCACCAAAACCUAAACAUUCUUCCGCUGUCAAGAAUCGGUCACCAAAACCUAAACAUUCUUCCGCUGUCAAGAAUCAAUCCCCAAAACCUAAAAACUCUCCAGUUAAGCAUGAUGUACAAGAAGACUCUUUGUCAGAUAUGUUUAGUGAUUCUGAUGAGGAUGAUAAGAGCGAAGAUAUGGACUCAGGAAACCUAUUUGAUGACAUUAUUCAGGAAAUUGAUAAAUCAAUAAAUGAGAAUGUUGAUGACGAAACAAGUAUUAACAACCAGGAAAUGGCAGAAAUUGUAAAUCAGACCAGUGGCUUAUCUGAUCCUGAACAAAUGUCAUGCAACAAUGGUAAAAUAAACAUAAAAGAAAAUGAACAAGAUCAACAAGAAAUACAUAUUAGGAAGCAUACAGAAAAAGUCAAAAACGAGACAAAACGAGAAACAGAAAUUCGUAUCUUUACUCCUGAUGAUGUUGAGAAGGCCAUAGUUAGUGCUGGAGAUAAAUGUGAUAUUUUAGAUGUAUUAAACAACAGUGUUUUAAGCCAUCGUACACCAAAAGCUCUUAAAGUACUGAUGAAAACCAAGCCAGAUUUAUUCAAAGGACACCCAAAAAUGAUGAAGGGAUAUUGGCAGCACGCAGAAGUUGAACAGCUUGAGAAAAACUUCAAUGCUUUUGUAAAGGAACACAAUGUGACAAAUCCAUAUGAUUUACUCAAACACAAGGCUCUUAAGAAAGGGCCAAGAAAAUCAUAUCUUAUGAACCUCAUAAGAAGGGAGAACUUCUACAUUAAGCUUGCAUUUGGAAUUAGGAGAACUUUGUAUUGCUGCUACGUCAAGGCCAGGACAAUGUUCCAUCCACUUCAUCACAAGGGAAGAAUGAGUGAUGAAAAUAUUAAAAAGCUAAAGGUCCUGCAAAAUGAAUAUGGUAACAAAUGGACCGUGAUUGGUGAGAAAUUGGACCAUAGUGGAUGGGCUUGUGUUAGUUCUUAUCGUUCACAUUGUUCUAAAAAGAACCAAGGAAUUUGGAGUAAAGAAGAGGAAAUUCAGUUGGUCCAGGCCAUCAAAGAUGAACUUGAGACUGAAGAUAUAGAAGAUCUGUUCUAUGGCUUGCCGUGGGAGAGUAUAGCAGCUAGGCAUCCUACUAGGGAUCCCAAACAAUGUGCACAGAAAUGGGGGACCCAAAUAUCUUUUAAAGGAGGUUUGAACUGGAUCAGAAAAUAUCAAAUAACAAAUGAAGAAAAGAUUCAGAUUAUAACCAGGGUUUAUGAGUGCCAUGCAUAUUGUGAGGGUGAACUUGACUGGGAAUCUAUGCAUCAUGAACACUUCAAGGAGUCUAUCCCUUCUCCAAUGAUACUCCAAAGACAAUGGUUUAAACUGAAAAGUACUGUUCCUCAGUACAAAAUCAAAGAUUUUCAAGAGAUUUGUGACUACCUGCACAACAGUUACUUGCCACGGCUUAAGGCUACUGGCACACGGAAGAAAUCCAGGGGUUCAUCAGGGAAAACUCAUUAUACCAGUAAUGAAUUCAUAUCCGACUCUGAUUCAGACUCAGCAUAAGGAGAACAAUAUCUGCAGUAUAUGAUGUAUAUACAGAUUGAACAUGAAGCCUAGGUACACAGGAUUUCUUCAGUUGAAUAAGUAGAACAAAAUGGAGUCAAAAUAUGAAGAAAAACUAUAUCUGUUCGAGCCUGUAGUUGAAUACAUGUACAUGUUGCAAACAGAAUUGUAUUUGCAAGUUGAUAAUUCAGGCUCAGGGAACAGAAAUUUUAUCCUACAUUAUGUUAAAGAAAUCUGAUGGAAUUAAGAAUAGCAGUGGAAUAAAUGUACAUCAAUCAGAAGUGAAUAUGAACACGAUUUUGUUUUAGACUACUUUUUGUGAAGGGAGUUGGCAACCGGUGUCUGUAACAAAUGACAGG